AUGGGUUCUAAUUCAAACCAAGAAAAGCAAGCUGGGUUUGGCGGUGAUAAUAUGUAUCAAUAUAUUCCAUCCUUACAAAUAGCUUCAACACAAGGAGGUAGCCUCAUUAACGCUACCUCUGCAAGUAUUAACUCCGGUGGAACGCCGUCAGGAUUCAACGACAACGGUGUCGGAAGAGCCAGUUCUUCAAACCCUCAUGGCGGUGAUAAUAUGUAUCAAUAUAUUCCAUCUUUACAAAUAGCUUCAACACCAGGAGGUAGCCUCAUUAACGCUACCUCUGCAAGUAUUAACUCCGGUGGAACGCCGUCAGGAUUCAACGACAACGGUGUCGGAAGAGCCAGUUCUUCAAACCCUCAAGCUUCAAUGAACAAGAGGAAUGGUUCUCAUCAAAAACAACGAUUUAUUUGGACUCAAGAACAUCAUCAAUCGUUUCUUGAAGUUAUUGAACUUCUUGAAGCUCAAAAUGGCACAUCAAAUAGGAAAGUUGUUCCCAGGAAGAUCUUGGAAGAAAUGCGAAAAAGAUAUCCAAAUAUCACUCGAGAAAACAUUGCUAGCCACCUUCAAAAACAUAGAUUGCAUCUCAAAAAUUUGAACAACAGAGAGUUGAAUAAUUCAGCUACUAGCCUUAAUUCUCAGCUUCUUCUCCAAAGCCCUUCCUUUGUCAUAAACCCUAAUUCUCAGUCUCAUAAACCCUAA